AUGUCCCAAAGUGUGGACGACUGCAGUGAGUAUCGCUCCCAGUUUGAAGCUGGUGGACGACUGUCCUGCACGAGGGAGAAUGACCCUGUUCGGGAUUCCUCUGGCAAGCAGCACACCAACAAAUGUCUCAUGUGUGCUGAGAAGUUCAAAAAGGAAGCCCAAAGAGGAGGUCAGUCUGGUGGAACUGCCCAGCGCAACAGACCACUCACUUCAGAGGGUACAAACCAGAAAAGCUGUGGUGGUUCAGGGUCACAGCAGGGUGUGAAUGAGAGACGUCCCUUCUCGUCGAGCAGAGGCCCACAAGGAAAUGCGGCUCAGAGCGGUGGGAACUGCAACCCGGCACCUGGCCGCAAGACACAGAGUGGAGACACCGAUGGCUACCAGCUGCUGGACUGUGAUCGAAUUCUGCACGGGGUUAAGGGUGGAAGGAUUUUCUGCAGCAAAUCCUCACAACCAGUCUGUGGCACUGAUGGGAAAACAUACAAAAAUGAAUGUGACUUGUGUUCAGCUGCCAUGAGAGCUUCAAGCUACAUCACAGUAAACUAUCGAGGUGAAUGCCGAAAGCCUGCCCCUGAAGUGGUAAGCGGCAUGCCAUGGCUGGUCUGGGGAAACAUCAAUCUUUUCCUUUCCCCCUGUGAAACUCCACUGUCGGCACUGUCUGAGCUUGUGGGGGCCUGA